GCGUGUCGGGAAAUACAGUUGUAGGUAGUUGCAGUGAAGUACGUGACUGCGUUAGAUUCGCUUGCAAUUUGCAGUUUCUUUGUAACUUUCUCCGCAAAUAACGCACAAGUAAAAUAACAGAUGGAAGGUAACGGAACCGACGGAAAGGGUGUUAAGUAUUAUCGCUUGUCAGAGGUGGAGGAACGAAACUCUUUUAAAAGCACAUGGAUUAUCAUUCACAAUAAAGUGUACGACGUCACGAAGUUUCUCGAGGAGCACCCAGGUGGAGAGGAGGUGCUACGAGAGCAGGCGGGUGGAGAUGCUACAGAAAGCUUUGAAGAUGUCGGGCACUCCACAGAUGCACGGGAGAUGGCCAAGUCAUUCGUCAUAGGAGAACUUCAUCCAGAUGACAGGGACAAGCUUAACAAGCCACCGGAAUCACUUGUAACAACUGUUCAAGAAACAACAAGCUGGUGGUCGAACUGGUUGAUACCCGCCGCCGCUGCAGUUAUUGUCACGUUUAUGUACCGUAUUUACACAGCAGAGGAUGCAUGAUGGGAUGCUUUUCUUUGAUAAGAUUACAUGUUGAACUACAAUACCCAUAAUCCAUUUCAGGUUUUUUCCACUACUAUAAAGAUUAUACUAAUGAAGGCAAUUAAUUGUAUUCGUUCCAGUGUUUGUUGUAAUGUAUCGCCUGCAAUUUAUGUUUUUUUAUAUAUUUGAAAUUAUAUUUUUGAUCUACUACAAGCAUUAUAAAUGCAUUUACUGAAGAUGAAGUUUUGAUUGUCCGGUGGUUUUAUUGUUGUGUAAUAUUUUGUUUAUACCCCUUUUUCAGUUGCCCAUGAUAAAUUGCAAAAUAUGCGGACUAUUAUUACACACCGAAACACAGCUUUUACUUCCUUUAAAAUGAUUAGUUUAGAUAAGUUCCACUUGAACUGACUAUAUAUUUAGAUAUUAGAACUUAUUCCUACUUAUACAGAAGAUAACAACACAAAGACACUUCAACAACUCAGUUAUGCAAAGGAAAAACUAUGUUAGAUAUAAAGAGAAUAAAACCAGUUUGAGAGCAAUAAAACACUUUGCAUGGUAACCACAUCAUUUUCAUGACCACAUUAGAGAAGAUAAACACAUUUUCUUCCCCAGUUAUCAUUACUGUAAUGUAACACAGCUAUAAAAUAUUUUAUUAGCAUUAAAGCUGUAUAACAGUUAACAUGUUUGCUCAUAAAAAUAAUAUCGCUAUACAAAACAUAGUUUAAAAAUAUAUAUAGAUUUUUUUUUUCUUGAGGUGAAAUGUGAGCCAAACAUGUUCCUAACAGGUUUUGUGACCAAUACCUAUAAAGUGGAUUUAGCACAGGUUAUAGACAGAAUAUGCACAAACUAACCAAAUGCUUUAAUUUUUUCUAUGUAAUGAAUGUAAGUUGAUGACCAAGUAACCAUAUAGCCAUAAAGACAAUCAGAAGUCACUAUGUUAUUAGUUUUUUUUCCCAGUUAUAUACUAAUGUGCCAUUUGAAUACAUAGCCGUGUCCGUGAAUGAUGCCGAUACAUUUCCUUUCAACAACACUGAAUGUAAUAUACUUUUAUAAGACGAGCUGUUUUCUUAUAGUAAUUUUGUAGAUACAGUGUGUCUAUUCCUGUUGAAAUGCUGCUACCACACUAAUGUAAAUGGUACACAUAUAACGUGAAUAACUAUAAACAAAUAAACUAGUAAAACACCUGUA